AUGGCGCCUUCAUUUCCGACAGGAAAGCCGCCAUUGUACGCCAAAUUAGGCAACGAGUCCGAUGAUCAUGACGACGACUAUGUAACCGACCAAUAUCGUGCACAGCAAGUUGAGCGCCAGAAGCAGGACGAGAACCUGGACGAGCUGCACUCGGCCGUGAAGCGGUUAGGAGAUAUUAGUCUUAAUAUCAGUUCGGAGCUGGACACGCAGAACAAAAUGCUUGAUGAUCUGAGCGACGAUACGGAUAAGGCCAAGCAGGCGCUAGAGGUCGUGACAAAACAGACACAAGCGCUCAUUAAACAGUCCGGGGGUAUGAAAAACUUUCUCGUUAUUAUUGUGCUGGUGCUUAUUCUGCUCCUGCUGACGUACUUGGUGAUCAUGACAUGA